GGUGGCGGCCGCGGGGCAGUGCGCAUGCGCGAGCGGCGCUCCCGGGUGAAGUGAGAGGCGGACAGGGCGGCCGGCGGGGCUCGGACUGGGUCAGGAUGGACGAGGACGUGCUGACCACCCUCAAGAUCCUCAUCAUCGGCGAGAGUGGCGUCGGCAAGUCCAGCCUGCUCUUGAGGUUCACGGACGAUACUUUUGAUCCAGAGCUUGCAGCGACUAUAGACUUACCAAAUUUUUUGUUUCUUCAAGGUGUUGACUUUAAGGUGAAAACAAUUUCAGUGGACGGAAAUAAGGCUAAACUUGCAAUAUGGGAUACUGCUGGUCAAGAGAGGUUUAGAACGCUAACUCCCAGCUAUUAUAGAGGUGCACAAGGUGUUAUCUUAGUUUAUGAUGUCACACGAAGGGACACCUUUGUUAAACUGGAUAAUUGGCUAAAUGAAUUGGAAACAUACUGUACAAGAAAUGACAUAGUAAACAUGCUAGUUGGAAAUAAAAUUGACAAGGAAAACCGAGAAGUUGACAGAAAUGAAGGUCUGAAGUUUGCACGAAAGCAUUCCAUGUUAUUUAUAGAGGCAAGUGCAAAAACCUGUGAUGGUGUCCAGUGUGCCUUUGAGGAGCUCGUGGAAAAGAUCAUACAGACGCCUGGACUGUGGGAGAGCGAGGCCCAGAACAAAGGAGUCAAACUGUCUCACAGGGACGAAGGCCAGGGAGCUGGCGCCUGCAGUGGCUACUGCUCUGUGCUGUAAACUUGAGGAAGCUCCAUCUCUGCCCAUCCGUCAGAUAGCAGCACCUUCUGUGUGUAUACUCUGUAACUGCUCUGUGGGGGCCUUGCAGUUUGCACAUAAUUGUUUUGUAUCAUGGCAGUAAAUAAUUGCAAGAAAUUCCACUCAUCGGCUUUCCCAGGUAGAAUGUUACGGUAAGCAUGCACAGUCUGCAGUUUUUUUAUGUAACAUAAAAUAGGUGUACCUUUAUGAGUGCAUUUGAUUUUAUGACUUACAUCUAUCAUGUCAUUUUUUUUUUUUAAAAAAAAAAAUCCAUCUAUCUAGCAUAUGUCGAAACAAGGUCUGCUUCUGAUCUCCUCCUUUGUGCUUUAGUACUCCUUUCCGUGACUGGAUCCCUCGGUGCGUAGAGCUCUGGAGCCCGGGUGAUGCACAGGCGUCCUUCAGGAAUGACAGGGCACGAUCUGACAGCUUUUCUAGGGCGCCGAGACUCUCCUCUGGUACUAAACAACACUACGCCACAGAAUGUAGCACAGGCCGGUUAUUAUUGACUGUCUAUUUGUCCCGAUGAUGCUUCUGAAAGAGUAUUUAUAUGUUGAAGAAGUUGCUUUUUAGUUUUCUUCAGUGGUUAGCUCAGUUGCUUGCCUGGAGUUUUAAUCUUCUGAUCUGUCUGUCUGACUCAAGGGCCUCGGCACAGCAUUUGGAGUUCACGUAUCUGCAGAACCACAGCAAGGUUUCAGAAAGACGUAGUAUGCUUAUUGUAACUGCAGUCACAGUUAUCACUUUUAGAACCAUUUUUUUUUUUUUCUCAUUAUAAGUGUUGGUAGCAUUUGUCCAGGUUCCUCUGUUUUGGCUCAUGUAAUGUUAAUAAGUAUCCAUAUUUUAUGAGUUUCUAUAAAUGGCAGUUGAUGUUCAAAACCUGUUUCCUUGUUUUGAGGGUUAGGGACAAAAAAAAAACUAAAUGACAAUUUGAGAAAGAUAUUUUACUUCCAGAUUCUGAUGUGUAUGGGAAAAUUAAUGCUGUUGCAAUGAAAACCUUGAUAAUUUAUUGCAACAAGUAACCAGUAGUUUAUCAAAACACAGCUUGUACAGACUAAUAACUUUUUCCACAGUAUUCAGUUUUUUAACUUCUUGCUAUUGUACACUGUAUAGUUUUUCACUCAUAUGUUAUUUAAUCUACAUUAAUCUUUGCUAUUUGAAGCCCCUAAAUAAGUAAUUUGUCACUAUGCUACCCCUCAGUAAGAGUCCAGUAUUACUUUCUGGGCAGUUUGUUCUCUGUAUACAAUUGCAAAUGAUAAAUGUUUUGUGAGUGAUUCCUGCAAUGUGUGUGUAAGUCAAUUUACUUCAAGUUGGAUUCUUUCGGAAGUUCAUGUCCCCACACUAAGAAACCUCACGUUCUACUCUGUUUGCACUUGUUAGUCAACAAUACAUGUGGUUAAAGAUUUAUAUGUUCUGUAUGUUUUUGCUAAAUAAAAAAAAAAUUUACUUCUCUAUAUAAUGCUAAAGAAAGGUAGCUAACACAUGUACUUAGAAUUUGUUCAUGUUCCAUUAAAACUCUAACUUUGUGUAUUUAUAUAGGAGUCUGUGUUGACAAGACUUUUCAUCGGUGUGAGCUGUAUAAUAAUAUCUGUCCACUGGAUGUUUGCCCUGAUUUGUGCAGAAUGUGAACACCUCUGGGUCACUUGAAUAUAAUUAAUAAUAGCAGAUCAAUUUUGUUUGGUAGGUUUAUAUUGUAACCUUUUAUAGUUUUUGAAUAAAUACAGCCUGCUUUCCCUA